UUAAUAAAUAUAUGUGUAUAUAGGUAUUAUGUUAUUUAUUUUUUUGAAUUAUUAUUUAAGGUCACUGAGCACGUCGGACACUACAAGAGAUUAACAACUCAUUUUAUUCGAUAAAAUCAACACCGAAAAAGAGAUAUAACUGUCAUAUUUUAACGAUAUGAGUCCGCCUUCGAGCUACUACGUACAAAAAAUAUUCGAAACCUACGCAAAAAGUCAGCUGACUUUCGUUCAGAACUUUGCGGGACAGGCGGCCAAACAAGCGUACAUCGAAUGCCUCAAUAAGAGUAACGCGGUCGAAAUAGUUCAGCCGCUUUUGGACGAUAUCGACCCAGAGGUGAGGAUGAAUGCGGUGCUAGGUUUAGCGAGAUUGGCUGGCAAUAGCAAAAAAUGUGCCAAACAAAUAUUGUGUACUGACAAUUUACUGAAAAGGUUACUUGGACAGAUUGCCUGCGAAAAUAAAACAUACAAAAAAAGUUGCAUGAAUCUCAUUCGGAAUAUUAGUAAACACUUGUCGUGUUCUGAAAUUAUAGUAAAAGAAUGUGAUGGAAUACACGCUAUUUUAACAUGUAUGAAGGACUUAGACGUAAUGGUUAGAGAAGUAGCUUUGCAAGCAAUUAGUUCGAUAGCUGGUCAAGAUCCUAGUAUUUCACAACUCAUCAUAAAAUCUGGUAUACUGCCUCAAAUUGUCCAAAGUUUAAAAGAGGAAAGACACGAUUUUAAAUUAUAUGCUUUAUCUACAUUAAGCGAGAUAGCCAAACACAAUCAAAAAUUAGCCAAACAAAUUGUGGAUGUGCACACUUUACCUAACGUAAUAAUUUUUUUAUCGACCGAUUACAACACAGACGUCAAACUUCAGGCAAAUACAUUAUUAUUGAUAAAAAACAUUGCUAAGCACUCGUUAUCUUUAACCGAAAUAGUAGUUGAGACAAAACUAUUUCCAGAAAUAUUGCUACUGAUGGCGCAUCCCGAUGAAUCUGUACGUUAUAAUGCGGCCGAAGUCGUUUACGAAGUAGUUAAAUAUUCCAUUCAAAUUUGUAAGAUGAUCGUGACUACUGGAGGAAUAGUUUCAUUGUUAAACGUCAUUUUGAAAAGCAAAGAAUAUCCUUCUACUCCAGCUGUACUCGCUUUGGGAUACAUAUCAUCCGUGUCACCAUUACUUGCGACGGCUGUUAUCAAUUCUAAGAUAUUGAAACAUUUGACUGCCAUCUUGAAAAGCGAUACAGACGAUGAUUGUCUAAAAGCCGGUAUAGCUUGGACAUUAGAAAUGAUUGGUCAACAUAGUUCUAAACAUGCGAAAUCCGUUUUUACUUGCCACGCCGUGAGUGCUAUGAUUGAUGUUUACAUAAACACAAGUCCGACACAUGAGGCUCAUCAUAAAUGCAAAAGUGCCAUUAAAGUUAUACUGAACAAAAGUGAAGAUUUUUCUGCUAUAGAGAAGUUGUUGACGCCGUCAAUGCCUAUUCAAAUAAUGCUACAUAUAUUAAUUAAAAUUAGCCAAGUAUUUUCCAUGUUACCAAAAAGUUUUAAAGCUCGGCGAAAUUUUAUCAUUAAUGGACAUUUAAAAAUGAUUCAAAACCUUAAACCAGAUAUCAAUUCACAUUUGGAUUAUGUUAUCAAAGCUGUGAAUUGUUGCUUUCCAGACAAUAUAUUACAAAUGGUAGCUGGAGAAAUUCCAGAGUCGGUUUUGAGAAAAUUGGACAAAUUUGUGCCCAAAAGUCAAUGUUUGUUAGACGAUCACGAAGUACAAAUGAGCAAUAGUUUCACCAACCCUGUUUAAUAGUAAAUAACACUAUCUAAGAUAGGAUUAUUAAUCGAAUAUGAUAACUUUUUAUCCGUUUAAUAAAUUAUAUUUAUUG